CUCUUUUUUUUACGAUUUCACAUCUGGUUUUCACACCAACCCACAUAUUAAAAAAUUUCCCUUUCAUUUUCUUUCUUCCAACGACGAUCUCCCUUUCCUUUUUUCCCUUUUUUUUUUUCUCUUUCAGAUAUCUAUAUAAUUUUCUCAAGCUUUGUGUAGUCAUGGAAGGACAUCAUCCCCAUCACCUUAUUCCGCUCCACCACCAGCAACAGUUUCAACUCCGUCCGCCGUCGCAUCUCCACCCGAGCCUCACCGUCUCCGCCGAUCCAACCCUAGCCGCCGCCGCCGCCGCCACCGACAGAUUCCCCCAAUGGAGCCUUCAGGAAACAAAGGAGUUUUUAACGAUCAGAGCCGAGCUGGAUCAGACUUUCAUGGAAACCAAACGAAACAAGCUCUUGUGGGAAAUUACAUCCUCCAAAAUGAAGGAAAAGGGUUUCAAUCGCAGCGCUGAACAGUGUAAAUGUAAAUGGAAAAACCUCGUUACUCAUUAUAAGGGUUGUGAAACAAUGGAGCCAGAAAAUUUAAGGCAACAAUUUCCAUUCUACACAGAGCUAAAAGCAAUUUUCGGAGCAAGAAUGCAAAGGAUGUUCAUGGCGGAGGCGGAGAGCGGUGGGAGUGGAUCGAAGAAGAAGAUGAAGACAUUAUCGUCCGACGACGAGGAAGAAAACGAAGACAGUAACGGCGACGGGGGCGAGACGAAGGUUAAGAGUAGGAAGAGGAAGAAGGUUAAAGGAACGAUGAUGGCGACGGACGGCGGAGGGGGAAGCGGUAGCCGUUUGAAAGAAAUAUUGGAAGAUUUCAUGAAUCAACAAAUGCAAAUGGAGGUGCAAUGGAGGGAGGCAUUUGAGGCAAGGGAAAAGGAGAGGGAAAUGAGGGAAAUGGAGUGGAGAAGGAACAUGGAAGCUUUGGAACAUGAGAGGAUUAUGUUGGAAAGAAGUUGGAGGGAAAGAGAAGAACAAAGGAGAAUGAGAGAGGAAAUUAGGGGUGAGAAAAGAGAUGCCUUAAUCACAGCUUUGUUAAACAAGAUUAGAAGAGAUGAUCAUAUGUAGUAAUUCUUUCCAUGCUUCAACAGAGGUUCUUUCCAUUUCAACUUCUUUUAUUCAAUUUUUGUUCAUUCUUAACCUAUAAUUAUGGAGUUUAGUUACCCUAAUAGUAAGCUAUUCGAUUCGAUUUA